CGCUCGGGCGGAGGGGGCCGGCGCGUGCGCGCGGCCGCUCGGGCGGAGGAGCGGCCACGGGCGCGCAGCUCCCCGGCUGCGCAGGCAAGCAGGCUGCGCGAUGGAUCCAGAGAUCGAGGGGUGUACAGCAACCAUGGAGUUGGUCAGCAGGCCAAAUCAGAAAAAUUUGAAUCUGGUUGUUAGGGUUUGCUCAUUUUUCAGUUUGUCUGAUGGGAGACCAAAGACAUGGAUGCAGGGUAAAAUCUUGCCAACUCAAACUGUUGACCCACAAAAUUAUGGCAUCCUGCAGUUAGUUGAUUUCAUAGCUGAACACUAUAUGUGGGGUUCGAAACAGCACAUUACUUUGUCGUGCGAGUCAGAAUAUACUAUGGAGAUAAAGUCUGAUGAGGAACUGUUUGAGUGGUUUCAACUUAAUCUAGACAAGGGAGUAGUUCGGAUUAAUGCUCAGAUCAAUGAUUUUGAGGGCCCAUUGCAGUGUUCGCCAACAAAACGUAGGUGUCACCCAUCUGUAAGAAAUAAAGCACCCACCACCACCAAUGAAAGAGCCACUGAGACACCUAUCAAUGAGAGCUGCCCCAAUGAGAGAGUCACAUCCACAAGUAAUAAAAGGAGAGGCACCAAAUGUAAGGGAAAAGGUGGAGAUGAUGAUGAUGAUGGUGUAGGAGUUGAUGAAGAGGGCAUAUAUUCUGACACUGAUUCGCUUGCAGCGCCAAGUGAUAGCAGCUAUGAUAGUGAUUUGGCUGCAUCAUCUGACUCUGAUGAUGAUUGCUCUGACACUGAGUUUGAUCCUAAUGUUGAAGUUGUUGACAAUGAUGAUGAAUAUGACCCUCCCUCCUUUUCAUAUGAUGUUGCUAAUCCAAAUAUUGAUGUAAAUGUGGUGUUUCCAGAUGUGGAUCAGUGCAAAUCUGCAGUUACCCAUCAUGCAAUCUUGCAUGACCAUGCCUUUGAGAUUGUGAAAAAGGACAAGAGCAGAUUUAGAGCUAAAUGCAAGAGAGCCAACCAGGGCUGCAAGUGGACAUUUUUUGCAUCAACUAGUACGAAAUACAUUGGAUGCAAGGUUAAGACAAAUGGACCAAAGCAUACUUGUGGUUCUUUCAACAACUGUGGUGAAACAAUGGCCUCAAACAAAUGGGUGGCUGAAAGAGUGGUGGAUUUAUUGCGGGAUGACCCUGAUAUGGGACCAAGUGAAUUGCAUAGUAUGCUGCAAAAAAAGUACUCCAUAGAUAUUCCAUAUCAUAGAGUUUAUAGAGGCAAACAUAGAGCAAUGGACACUAUAUAUGGCAAGUGGGAUGACAGCUACGACUUGCUACUGACCUAUCAAGCUGAACUUCUCAGAGUUGUACCUGGAAGUAUUGUUGAGCUAGACACCGAAAAAGAUGACAAUGGUGAUUUCUGUUUCAGCAGGUUCUUUGUUGCUCUCAAACCAUGCAUUGAUGGAUUUUUGCAAGGUUGUAGACCCUACAUUGCCAUGGAUGCCACACACUUGACAGGAAGGUCUAGGGGUCAGUUGGCAGCAGCAGUUGCAGUGGAUGGUCACAAUUGGCUAUUUCCAGUGGCUUAUGGUGUGAUUGAGACCGAGUCUACAGAAAGCUGGACUUGGUUUGUUAAUAACUUGAAGAAGGCUAUUGGUACUCCUCUUGGUCUUGUCAUUAGUACAGAUGCGGGCAAAGGUAUAGAGGUGGCUGUACAUGAGGUAUACCCUGGAGUUGAGCAUAGAGAAUGUAUGAGACACUUGUGGAAGAACAUGAAGAAGAAUGGGUAUGGUAGUGAGCUUUAUGGUAAGAAUAUGUGGUGUGCUGCCAAGAGCUUCACAAUUGAUAAGUUCAACUACUUCAUGGGCAAGAUAGAGGAGAAAGAUCCUAGUGCACUUGAGUGGUUGGAUGAGCAUCAUCCAUUUGUAUGGAGUAGAAGCAAAUUCUAUGAAGAUUGCAAGGUAGAUUACAUCAACAAUAAUCUUUCUGAAAGUUUCAAUAGUUGGGUGUCAAAAACCAAGGAUUUUCAGAUUGUUGAGAUGCAUGACAAGAUAAGACAGAUGAUCAUCAAGAAAAUGGUUUUGAGGGCCAAAAUUGGUAGAAAAAUGUCAGGAUACAUCAUCCCAGCUAUCAUCAAUGCUCUGAAUGCUAAAACCAAGACUAUUAAGGACCAUGAGGUGUUGAUAUGUGGGGCUGGAACAGCAGAAGUAACAGUGAACAGAUUCAGACAUGUAGUUAAUUUGGAACAAAGGACAUGUACUUGUAGAGCUUGGCAAGUGACUGGAAAGCCCUGCACUCAUGCUCUAGCUUUUAUUGCUAGGCUUAGCAGGCAUGCAAAGAUGGAUGAAUUUAUUGAUGACUACUUCUCUGUUAAUAGGUUUAGGAAGGCAUAUGCAGGUACUUUCAAUCCUAUGACAUCUAAGGAUAGUUGGCCACGUGUUGAUUUAGGCUACAAAAUCAAGAAACCUAAAUUGAGAAGGAAACCGGGCAGACCAAGAAUAUCUAGAAUGAAGUCAUAUGAUGAGGCUGGCACUAGCAAAAAGAGGAAGCCAUGUUCUGAAUGUAAUGAACUAGGCCACAUAGCCAAGUAUUGCCAAGGAGGUCUCACUGCUAGUCAAAAGAGGAAGCUUUCAGCUUCACAAAAUGGAUCAUCUUCACAAACCUUAGGUGCAAGUGCAACAGAAAAAGGGAGAGGGAGGGGAAGAGGAAGGAGAAAUCCAAGUGAAACUCAAGUUCAAACAGAAAUUGCUGGAGGAGGGAGGGGAAGAGGAAGAGCAAGAGGAAGAGGAAGAGGAAAUCCAAGUGAAAAUGAAACUGGAACCGAAAAUGCUAGAGGAGGAAGGGGAAAAGGAAGAAGGGGAGGAAGAAGGGGAGGAUCAGGAGGGCGAUUGGCUCAAUUGUUAGGAAUAGAUGCAUGAAUGUGAUGCAGCCACCUCUCAUCAUGUACUAUGUUGGGAUGUGAUCUCAUGGUGCUUCUCUUUUGGAUAUGUAUGAUGGGGGGUUCUGAUUUGGUGCUACAUCUCUUUUGGAUAUGUAUAUAUGAUGGGAUGUUAUCUAUCUAUUAUCAACAUAUAUGCAUGUGGUUUCAACUUAA